AUGCAGCGUUCCGUCCAACAAGCAAAUGGGGACGGCGUUCUCGCUUCACCGAAAAAGAAACAACGUGUGUCAAGUGCUACAGCCAAAGUUACUGUCGUUCUUGGUGCGCAAUGGGGUGACGAGGGUAAAGGCAAGGUCGUUGAUAUGCUUGCUAUGGAUGCUGACGUCGUCUGCAGGUGUCAGCGAAGGUUGAAUGAAAAACGAGCCGCACAGAACGAAGGUGCGAACGUGUUAAAAGGCUUCCACGAUUCUUGCAAGGGACCUCAAUAUCUAGCUAUCCCAUAUGGGACAGCUUUAGGGCCGGGGUACAACGAUCUUUUAGGACUCAGUGCUUGUUUCAGAGCCGGGAAGAGGUUUUUGGUUGUCAGUGUGGAGGGACGAAAUCGAUCUAGAAGACACCAUGUCACAAUAUCUUCGAACAAACAUCAGGACGUCAAUAGCAGUGGGCACGUGACAAAAAUCGAACUAGAGCUGGAGGAAGCUCCGGACGACAUGAUUCUCGUUGGAUCCAUGCCGUCUGAAUUGGAUGCCACCGGCGAAAUCAAUGCCACCUAUCCAGAUGGUAUUCCGGGACCAAGUACAGUUAUCGUCAGGGCCGAAGAAGCAUUGAUAGUCAUUUUGGUUCUGCUCCUUUGGGCUGCAGCAAUCGCAUUAUUCUUCAAUCGAUGGGGGAAGAUCAGAAUGUUGGAACCAUAUCAACCGAAAUUUCAGCAACAGCAUAGACAAAGUUGUACGACACUUGAGCCAAACCAGCUUCAGAAUCGACGCACGUACUCCAAGUGCAACGUGCUCAGCGGAGACUAUCCGGCCGGGUACGAGUUAAACUGCGUCCCGGGUCAAAUGAGACCAAGACAAAACAGCGUGUUCAUCGGUUCGAGCGCGUCCUUGCUCCCCGGCGGCCGUGGUACACCGCGUCGGACAAAAAGCGCGUUCGAUCUUCAAUUUCUGAUACUAUCGGAGAACAACAGCCAGGACUCUUCCUGCGAACAGGACACGUUGAAGAACUUCAAAGUGGCCAGCGAGUCUAUGAAACUGUUGCAACGCGAACGAAGAACGAGUAUUUGCCAAGUGGACAGAACCGAGACGAUCAAGUCUCCGUUUCGCGACAGAGGAAUGAGUAUCUGUCACUUCGACAAUUCCUCGAAAUCCUGUCAACCGGAUCGUGGAACGAGCUUCUACCAGUUCGACAAGAUGGACGUUCUCGCCAGGCCGUUGCAGAGAGACCGCGGCGGAAGUAUCUGUCAUUUCGACAGAACGGACGUGUUGGCCAGAUCGUUGCACAAAGAUCGCAUAGGCAGCACCUAUCAUUUCGACAGAAUGGACGUUCUGGCUAGGCCUAAUCUGUCCCUAGGAAAGCCUCUGUUAAGGGAGAGACGCGUCAGCAUGUGUAACUUUCUGGAGAAAGACGGAGAAUUUGGGAGAUACCCUAAAAGAGAGCGGCACUUAAGUGUCAGCAACAUCGAUAGAAUUGAGAAGGAUAACGCCUCGAUCGAGAAGGCGGACAGUGACGCCGGAGGGCAAAAGAUAUUUGCUGAAUGUACGGUUAAAGAGAACAAGAAUACCUGUUAUCAAUACGAUCAACCUUCUUGUAGCAAAAUUUCCGACGUUGUGCUCGGGUACAAAGCUACUUGUGUAUAG